AUGGAUUGCCACUCAUGCACCUUAAACAGAAAUAUGUGGUAUUAUGUAAGUCCAGAAUUCUACGGUCCAGAUAUGUACAGUCUAGAUUUGUACGCUCCCGAUAUGUACAGUCCAGGUUUGUACGGUCCAGAUAUGUACGUCCAGAUUUGUACGGUCCACAAUUAUACGGUCCAGAUAUGUACAGUCCAGGUUUGUACCGUCAGAUAUGUACGUCCAGAAUUCUACGAUCCAGAUUUGUAA